GGUGUGUCCGCCCUGCGACUCGGUGGUUAAUGUUUAUAUUUUUCCACUGCAAUUCAGUUAAACUAUUUUUAAGUUUACACUUCAUUUAGAAAUAUUUUACCUUCUAUUCGUGACUCCUUUUUAAAAAUAUUUCGUAUAGGAUAUAUUUGUGCCUUUUGUUGACUUGGACUUUUAUUUUGGGAUGUUUAGUCCUUUUCGUAAUCGUUCAUCUCAGUGCUUGCGUAAACCAGUCGCCGUGUUAUGACACGUCCCUAAAUGUGUACGUGUGGAGAAUCAGAUUCUACUCAUCCCUAGAGUAAGUUAGCCUACAGGACGAGACUCUCGGUACCGCAGUGGUAUCCCUUUCCUGCACCUGGUCCACCUUUGAGUGAGAAGCAUGGAGGCAGGGGGAUCAGACGUGGCAGCGGGUGCCCCGCACGUAGAGCCAGCCUCGGAUCAGGAAGAGAGCAGGGAUGAGGGCACACAGACCACGGCUGUGAAUACCUCAACAGAAAGCCGAAUGAAGAGGCUUUUUGGCUUUGAGAAAGAGGACCUGUCCUCCUGGCACCGGUUUGUGUGUCUGUUGAGUCGGCCCACUGACCCAGCCUCUCUUGGCAUCUUCCGCUUCGUGUUUGGGAUGCUGAUGGCUAUUGACAUCACACAGGAGCGAGGCCUGAGUCACCUGGACUACAGGUUCCUGGAUGGGGCUCCGGUGUGCCGCUUCCCCCUGUUCAACUUCCUCAAGCCUCUCCCCCUAGACUGGAUGUACUUCGUCUACGUGAUCAUGUUAAUAGGUGCCCUUGGCAUCAUGCUUGGAUGCUUCUAUCGGCUGUCUUGCCUCAUGUUCAUAUCCACCUACUGGUAUGUCUUCUUCCUGGACAAGACGGCCUGGAACAACCACUCCUAUCUCUAUGGCCUCAUUGGUGUCCAGCUCACGCUCAUGGAUGCUAGCAGAUACUGGUCAAUUGAUGGACUGUUCAGUGCAAGGAAGAGGAAUGCUGAUGUUCCACUGUGGAACUAUACACUCCUGAGGUUCCAGGUCAGUCUGGUCUCCAGUUAUAAGUUAUUAUGUCAUUGCGCUAGCAAUCCUAUAUGGAUCAUCCUAUUGCAUAAAGUGUGUAGGGAUAAUACUAUGACAGAAACAUUAAGAAAAUGAAGGCAGGUGGCUUUGUAUUGUGUCCUCACUACUAACUCUGUUUAACUGGCACAGUGUCCCUGUAGUAAUACUGCUUUCAUCACCCAUCUGUAUUCAAACCACAUGUACACACAUACUUUGUUUAACAGAAUAUAUACGAAUACACCAACAGAUUCCUCUUAUACCUACAAUCAAAUCAGA